AAUGCGCUCGUUCUUUUCCGGAGGUGUCAGCGACGGUAUCUGUCGAGACCUCUGCUGCAGCUUCAGCGCGGAGCAAACCAGCCCGUUAUUAUUUCAGAAAUCUUAAAUCGUAAGGCAGAAAGGAACAGUCUGCGCAUCUUUAGGAGACUUCUGUCUGAUACAACCGACUCCUCUGCAAAUGCAGGCCAUUAAAUGCGUGGUCGUCGGCGACGGUGCCGUUGGUAAGACCUGCCUACUCAUCAGCUACACCACCAAUGCCUUCCCCGGAGAGUAUAUCCCCACAGUCUUUGAUAACUACUCUGCCAAUGUGAUGGUGGAUGGGAAACCUGUCAACCUGGGCUUAUGGGACACAGCAGGACAGGAGGACUACGACCGUCUCAGACCCCUCUCCUACCCACAGACGGAUGUGUUUUUAAUAUGUUUCUCCCUGGUGAGCCCGGCUUCCUUCGAGAAUGUCAGAGCAAAGUGGUACCCAGAGGUGCGGCAUCACUGUCCCAACACCCCCAUCAUUCUGGUGGGCACCAAGUUGGACCUGCGAGAUGACAAGGACACCAUCGAACGCCUGCGGGACAAGAAGCUGGCACCUAUCACGUACCCCCAGGGCCUGGCCAUGGCCCGUGAGAUAGGUGCCGUGAAGUACCUGGAAUGCUCUGCCCUGACCCAGCGCGGUCUGAAGACGGUGUUUGAUGAGGCCAUCCGCGCAGUACUGUGUCCCCCGCCUGUCAAAAAGCGUGGCAAAAAGUGCACAGUUUUCUGAGCGGGCAGUGUGGAGUGCAGGGAUGGUGUCUAACACAGGGGUGGGGGCACUUCCACUACAACGACACAACAAUAAUCACCAACUGUUUUCUGAGAGAAGUCCAAUCAAACUUCAUUAGGGUAGUCCUGAGACCCAGGUAUGGGAGGGAUGCAAUUGGUGUUAGAGCGGGUGGGAGCAAAGAGGAUUAUGUGCAAACCUGGCCUCCGUGUUUUACACAGCAUCAAAGAAUUCUGUCCGAAUUUGCCUUAAUCAAUUGGAGAACCAACAUUUAAAAGGCAUUGUUGAUGUAGGAGAGGGGGGUCACUGACAGUAACAGGAAACCUUUUUUCUGCUGAAGACACAAAACACACGAGUACAAACUAAACAAAAAAUGUACAAAGUCUGUAACCCUCACCCACGUUCCCUUUUAUUUGGACAUCCCUGUCAUGCAAAAAGUUGAUUUUGGUGGCAGUGUUGCUGUGUGGUCCUGGCUGUUUUGCAGGUGUUUUUAUUAGAUUAUUUUUAAAAAAACGUUUUGUGAAGGUUUGAAAGAUGUGACAUGUGUACAGCUUUCUUCUGAAAAGUCUCUGUGACCCAGCAAUGGAGGUAGGGGGGAGUGGAGUAAACUAAAGUCAAUCCACUGAUAAAUGACAGUAUGAUUCAUUGAAAUUCAGCAGUUUGUCCUUUUGUGGUUCUUACUGAAGAGUGGUUGGUAUUUCUUACACAAUGCCUUAAGGAAUAUCACAGCAGUAUGCAUACAUGACAAACGACACAACAGUGCAUCCUGGAAACACGGGAAUGGAACUCUAAGAACUGAACGUUUGAUCGUUUUAAAAAAUUAAGUACAGACAUUUGGCCAACUUGUGAAAUUUGCUUCAUUCUAUCCUGUCUCCUCCACAGCAUAUUCUACUGUGUUAUCUCUUCAUCAGUGUUGCUUACACUUGUAUGUUCAAUCAAAAUGCUAUCUUGCAUAUAAAAUGUUUUUUUUUUCUAUUUAAGACACUUCCUUCCUUUCUCUUUUAGCAAGAUGUUUGGGUUCACAGGCAAAAUAUUGCCCUCUUAGCUUAGAGGAAAUGGCUU